AAAAUUGUCUUUCAUUUUCUGAUCCCAAGAGCGCUAUUUUGUAUUUCUCUUUAUAAUUUUGUUAUAAAUUACAACAUUCAGUUUAAGUAUUAACUUACCUUCAUUUUGCUCCUCAUAGUUUUGUUCCCAGUUAAUGUUGAAAAUUUCUGUGCUUAGCGCCCACAAUUUUGCUACAUGGAUUCACUAAAGAAUUUGAAAAUAAUUGUUGAUGAUGAAAUUACUUCUUUUCUGCUUAAUGAAUACGAACCACCUGAUCACAUGAAGACUCUUUCCUUAUUUCAAUUGAGAACUUUGACUCAAAAUGAGUUGAAGGGAGCAUCUUGUUUGAAUUUGAAGAGGAAAAAUAAGUUUAUAUGUGAAAUUUUAGAUGAUGUUAUCUGUCAACUCAACAAAAGAAUGUGCACUGGAAAAGAUGUGGGUGAACGGAGUAUUCAGGAUACUGACUGUGAGCAAAGAGAUGUUAGAAGAGAAUUGGAUUCUUUGCAUAAUCUAAACUGCAGGGUGACAAGAUCAAAGAUGGUAAAUUCACAAAAUUUUCCAAAACUUUCUGUUGACUGCACCCAAUCUGGGAAACAGCAUUGUGAAAUCUGGUCAAUGAAUAAAAACCUUAUACAACCACUGAUAAACAAUGAAGUGUCAGUUCCAGCAAGGAAUUUAGGUGUACAAGCAAAGCGCUUCUCAAAUGAUUGUGCUAAGUUUCAGUUGAUGAAAAAAGUACCAGGAAUGGAAGCUACUUCUGAAAACCAAGCAGGUAGCCUAGAUACUGCUACUGUGAAAAAGGCUUCUGGCAGGAAAAAUUUGCCAGAAAUCAAUGAAAUGUGUGAAGAUUAUGAAAUGUGCCAAGGAGCUAAAAAAAUGUCUUCAAAACAAGAAUCGAAUGGACUAAAUUCUAAUAAAAAUAUCAAUUCAAUGAAGUGCAGCAAUAAAUAUGGUCUGUCAGAGAUUAACUCCUCAUCUUCAACAAAUGAUCUAAAUUGCAACCUGUCGAAUAAUGAAUCCCGUUUCCAGAGAGAGAAUGCUCAUGUAAAUACUUCACGCUAUGGCCGGCCACUGAAACAAAGGUUCAAUAUUAGUACAGCUGGAUCAUUAGAAAAAAAUUGUACAAAAUCAUGCCCUGAAAAAAGUCAUGUAUCGCGAUUUGGAAGGCAUCUCAAAAAUGUUGAAUUUUAUCAGGAUACCACCUUUGCUGAAGUAAGAAACAACAAAGGCAAGGGCAAAUCCACUAAUAAAAAAUCUGCAUUAUUAUCCCAUAAUGACAAUGUGACAACUUGCAAUGAUAACCCUAUGCCAUUAGAAAGGAAUUUUAAAGUUACAAGAAGUCAGAAAUCUGAAAAAAAUGAGAUUCCUUCUCACAAUGAAUAUCAGAAAAUUGAUAAUGCAAUGAAAACCCAGAACAGAAAGAGCAGAGGAAAAAGAGUUCCUAAAGGCAAAGAAAAUCAACCAUCAGAUCCUGGUCAAUGCAUCACAAAAAGAAAAUGCCAGAAGAAGCAGCUGCCUGUUGAACAAUGCCAGUCUCAAAAUGCAGUUCCAGAGAAAGUGACAGCUCGAAAGGGAACCCUCAAACAUCUGAAACAACGACACAAACGCCAGCAGUUUUUAAUGCAGCAACAACAGCAACAGGAGGAUAAUGACGCUGAGUUGUUCCUGGACAAUCCACACCUUAAUGCUAACAACAGGUUCAAGAUGAAGAUUCUCCAGACUGACUUGAGUUCUGGUAGCCUCACUGCAGGAGGGCUAACUCCUCAGCAUUCUGUGAACUCCUCAGCAUUGCUGCCGAUGCUUUCACCUAUGACACCAUCAAGUGUGUCUGUUGGAGACAUGUCUUUUGACACGCCUAGGGCACCUGACAACUGGGACUGGCUGAAGAACACUCCUAAUGCCAAAAACCCAACCAGUCCUUAUUAUGGAGGCAAUUUCAAUGUUGUGCACACACCUGUGAUGCCAGAGGCUGAUGAUAUCCACCGGAUCAUCUUUCACCGAGGAAAAAAAAGCAAGAAAAGAGGCACACAAAAACGAGAUGCGCCUGAGGUAUUGCCAGGGAAUUGCUCAAAUGUUGUUGAAGAUGAAACCACCGCAGCUGCCGUUUUGCCUGCACCUUCUAAUGUGAGACACAAGAAGAAAAACUUCAAAUGGCUUCAACUGCCCGAGCUUGAAACUCCUGAGGACACCAACGAUACUGACGAAGAAGACCCAGAUGCAUAUUUCUCCGACGAGUCCUGAGUCAUCGCACCUUGGACAAAAUUACCGCAACCUUAAUAUCAGCAGUGUUAACUUGGCUAUCAGUGGCAUGUUACAUUAAUUUUGGUGAACUCCACAGAUAAUUCUCAGCGUUAAUUUUUCUGUCAUGAGAAUAAACUUUACUAUCAUUAGGAGUAAUUUUGCUAUCAUCUGCGUUAACUUUCCUAUGAUUUGAGUUAACUUUAGCAUCAUCAGCCUUAAUUAACUGCGCCAUCACUAGCAUUUACUUUGCUUUCUUUAGUAUUACCUUCAGUCAUAAAGUGUAUGGAUUAGUCGCACAUGGUUAAUUUUUUAUGUUAUGAUAUGCUAAUAAACUAUCUGCUGAAGUAAUACUAAACCAAAAUUUGUUGCACUUUUUCUAACAUAGACCGUAAUUUCUGCAUCUGGGCUCUUGAUUCAGUUUUGGUGUGAGAUUUUUCUUGUAGUGCGUCAAUGUAGUGCAUUUUAGUUGCAUUGCUUUUAAGAGAAAAGAAACGAAUUUUAAUUUUGUGAGGAAAAUUCUCAUUUUGUUGAAAAUUUUGCUGCAGGUCUUGUAUAGCAUCAGUGUUCCAUGUUCACUGUAUAUCUAUCAUUGAAAAUUAAAUGCAAAUUAAAGGUUUAAAGGGACACAGUAACACAUAGCCUCGUUGAUUUCGUGUGACUUACUGACGAAAUAAUUGCAAUGGUGAGCUGGACAGAAUCGUAGCAGAUUAUUGUUAUUUUAUGAUUAAAGGAGUACAAUGUGUAUAAAGGUGUGUCUGCAAACCAAUUAAUAUUAGAGAAACAAUUAAGUUACUGCUUCCACUUCAAUGUUCAUAUUCACUUCUGAUUUUAUUGGCUUUUGACGUGUGUAAGUUUUCCACAAUUUGUCCUUGCUUUUUAUGUGCAUAAAGGAUGUUGAUGCUUAACUUGAAAUUUUCUGGUGGUAUUUAUUAAAAUUUUUAUGUAUUCAUUCAUAGUUAUCAGGCGGCAUUGCUUCUGACUCCUAAAAUAUCAAUUAACUGUUUUUUUGGUUACAAAAUUUAACAAUGAUUAGUAUGUGUUUUAUGGACUUGCAAUUGUUUGUAUUCAACUAAAAUUCGUACAGCGCGCUAUCAAGGUUGAGAAUACAUGUUGAAAUUGUUU